AUGAAGGAAGGUUUCAUCCGUCCAUGCAUGCAUCCAUCUAUCGGAUUACAAAAGUACCUUCUGAGUCCAACGAUUUGCUGUCAAAGGGAACCUGGGGCUGGUUCAUUCAGAGCAGAACAUUUUGUUGAGUUCGAGUUUUGGCGAGUUUUUUCAAGCCAAACUGGACGCGAAGAUGGAACACACAGUUCAUCAACUCCAGAAAAAUCGACGAGCGAAGACGACUAUCAGCCCGAUGCACCCGUCAUAAUGCCGUUCCAUUUCACCAAUUGGCUUUCGUCGAACGAUCUUCAAAACGUCGACGGUGACGGUAGCCAGAGUCCUACGCAGCAGCAGCCACUGACCGCACCGCCGUCGGCAUCGAUUCCAGGUCAUUUGCGAGAAUCUGGCGGAUCGCUGGAGGCACAGCUGCGUUUCGAUCGACAACUACGACCGAAAUCACUGGCCGUGGAUUUGGCGACAGCAGUCGAGAUCGGCGCAUCGAAGCCGCCGUUGGUGGAACGGCACAACGGCCAAGAUGCACCAGGCUGUCCAAAGCCUCCGGUAGAGUCGUUCUUUGGAAUGCCGCUGGCAGCGAUCUUAAGACGGCAUCCUGACGGUGGCGGCGGCGGCUCUCCCGGUACACCGGCUUCCGCCGCAUGUCGAUCAACUGCAGCAUUGACGCAUCCGUGCUAUGGCAGCACAAGUUUUGGAGUGAGUUAUGGUACCGCGGUGUCUAUGGGCAGCUGCAGUGAACGAGCGGAUCGUUCAGGCAUUCCGCUGGGAAGAGCCACAGUUUUUACGCAACAGUCUCAAAGACCACUAGCGCCUCGUACCAAUGCAAACGUUUCAUUGAACGGCAUCCCAGUAACUCCUUCACGACAGCAAGCGAUGAAAUUCACGUCAUCGCCAAGUAAACAAGACAAUUGUAUGGUCACCUCCGGAAUCGGUGGCGAGAACACAGCUCGUGUAUCCUCCGUUUCAUCAGUUGCCUCAAAUGGAAGCUCAGUUCUGGAGGAAAUCAGACCAUGUGCAGCUGGCUUGAAUGCAAGUGAGUGGAACAGCUUGAUGAAGCAAACUAAGGAACGUUCCCGGUGUUUCGGAUGA